AUGGAUCAUUCUCUGAAAUCAUCAAGAGGCAAACCUACCACCACCGCAACCACCACCACAACCACCAAUAAUAAUCCAAAUUCUCAAAAAGAAAGUGGAUGGACAACUUACUUUGAUGAUUUCUCAAAAGGCACAAAACCAAGUUAUUAUUCAGGUGGUGGCUCUUCUUUGGUUUCAGAUGCUUCUUCUUGUGCUGUAUGGAAAUUUUCUCAUCAUCAUGAUCGUAUUGUUUCAUCAAAGUUGCCAAAGAAGCUUUGUUUCAAGAAAACUAGAUACAAAAUUAUUUCGGAUGAUGACCCUUUAGAAGACACUGCUAGCUCUCCUGUCAAUAGUCCCAAGGUGAGAGACUUGAGUCCAAGUCAAAUUGCUUCUAGGAAGAUUGAUGAACAACUACAAGCAGGUUCUAUGGGUAAAGGGUUAACAUCAUCAGAGAAUCAUUCAGAGUUGCUGCAAAUGGAUGAUAAGCUUGAAUUUGAAUUUAAUGAGAAGAAUAUUGAUUGCAUAGAAUUGAAGAAAAGAGGACUUUGCUUGGUUCCUUUGUCUUUGUUGGUUAACUAUUUGGGGUGA